AUGGAGGAGCUGCAGGAAAAAAUGAACAAGUUCAUUAUGAUGGAAGACCAGCGGCAUUUUCGCCGAAAAACGGACGCUGCCACAACCGGGACAAAACAUGAGGGGGGACGAUCACGAGAUAAAAAUCNUAACCAAAGGCCGCCGCAAAAAUACGCCCCUGCGCCUUAUAAUCCUCAGUACAAUCGGUACGCCCCUCUAACGGCCUCUAGGGAGAGGGUAUUCGAAAAGGCCCUACAAGCCAACCUAAUUUCCGCUCCAAGACGAGGAACUCCAGAUGCCGCGGACGGAGCCAAGNUUUGUAGAUACCAUGGCAACCAAGGGCACACCACGNAAGAAUGCCGGGCCCUCAAAGACAGGAUCGAAAAAUUGAUCCGUGAAGGACAUUUGCAGGAAUUUGUCCGAACUGAUGCACGCCAACGAGACCGAUCGCCGAGGGGAGCUAGAAGAAGUCCCGAACAUGCCAGACGUAAUACCGAGCGUUCCCGGGAUCAGCAUCGUGAACGCUCCCAUAGUAGACCCCAAAAGCGAGACCCCACUCCGCGUGGUCGGAUCGAUACGAUAUCAGGCGGUUUUGCGGGAGGAGGGGCCUCAUCCUCCGCUCGCAAGAGGCACGAGAGAAGUCUGCGAAGCGUUCACAACAUCGUCCGCAACCAUCUGUCGAUGCCAGACAUCAUCUUCACUGAUGAAGAUUUUCACGCUCCAGAUCCCGACCAGGAUGAUCCAAUGGUAAUAACCGCCCGCAUAGCUGAGUACGACGUAAGCAAAGUCCUCAUCGAUCAAGGCAGCUCCGUCAAUAUCCUAUAUUGGACCACUUUCCAAAAGAUGGGACUGUCAGAAGACAUAAUAGCGCCAUUUGGAGAGCAAAUUGUCGGCUUUGCAGGCGAACGAGUGGAUACUCGAGGCUACGUAGAUCUCAGAACCCGGCUGGGAACUGGGGGCAGGGCCAAGGAACUCCGUACGCGUUUCCUGUUGGUAGAAGCCCACACCUCGUAUAACGCCCUCCUUGGGCGGCCCUGCCUCAAUGCCUUCGGCGCCAUAGUUUCUACUCCGCACCUGGCAAUGAAAUUUCCUUCCGAAGAAGGAAAGAUAUGUACCGUACGGGCAGAUCAGAAAGUCGCCCGACAGUGUUAUGUAGCUUCUCUAAAAGACAAGACAUAUCGUAGAGAAAAACGAUCAGAAGCAAUAUUGGUCGAUUUAGAUCCCAGGACCAACACUGAUGAUCGCAUUCAACCCCAGGGGGAAACCAAACAGUUCAUCCUCGGCAGAAGUGCCGACCAAACCACUUCCAUCGGCGCCGGCUUAACCCCCGAGCAGGAACAGGACCUAACUGCAUUACUAAAAACGAACAGCAAACUCUUUGCGUGGACCGCCUCCGACAUGCCAGGAAUUCACCCCAGUGUGAUCACCCACAAGUUGGCUAUAUUCCGUGAAGCCCGCCCGGUUGCACAGAAAAAGCGGCGACUAGGCAACGACAAAAGGGAGGCUGUGCAGAACGAGGUAAACAAACUGGUGAAGGCCGGAUUUGUCCGUGAAAUCCGAUACAGCACUUGGCUCGCAAAUGUUGUAAUGGUGAAAAAAGCGAACGGUCAGUGGCGAAUGUGUGUUGACUUCACUGACCUGAAUAAAGCCUGCCCGAAGGAUAACUACCCCCUCCCCAGCAUCGACCGGUUAGUAGACGGUGCUUCGGGACACGCAGUUUUGAGCUUCCUCGACGCUUAUUCCGGAUACAACCAAAUUCCCAUGUACGUUCCGGACCAGGAGAAGACAGCUUUCAUAACGGAGCAUGCCAAUUAUUGCUACGAGGUAAUGCCGUUCGGUCUGAAAAAUGCCGGUGCAACGUACCAACGGCUCAUGGACAAAGUCUUUCGAGACCAAAUCGGGCGGUGUAUGGAAGUCUAUGUAGAUGACAUGGUAGUAAAGAGCUCCUCACACCAACAACAUCUGAAAGACCUCGCGGAAGUUUUUCAACAACUCGAAAAGUAUGACCUACGAUUGAAUCCGUUAAAAUGCACCUUUGGAGUGCAAGCAGGCAAGUUCCUCGGGUUUUUGUUAACCGACCGAGGAAUAGAAGCCAACCCAGAUAAAUGCCGGACGAUUUUGGAGAUGAGAAGCCCAACAAAACUCAAGGAGGUCCAGUGCCUAGUAGGACGCCUUACCGCGUUAUCUCGGUUCAUACCGAAGCUCUCCGACCAUAUCAAACCUAUAAUAAACAACAUGAAGCAGAACUUACCCCGACAUUGGGACGAUCAAUGCGAAGCCGCCUUCACCACCAUAAAAAAUAUACUAACGUCUCCGCCAGUUAUGGCACGACCAACAGAAGGCUCCGACUUACAACUGUAUUUGGCGGCCUCUAGCCAUUCGGUAAGCGCCGCCCUCAUUCAAGAAUCUCCCGUUCUUAAACUAAUCUAUUUUGUUAGCAGAACUUUGCAGGGAGCCGAAGAACGAUAUUCCCAGGUGGAGAAAGUAGCUCUCGCCUUAAUCACUGCGGCAAGGAGACUCCGACCGUACUUUCAAAGCCACCAGGUCGUUGUCCGGACGAACCAUCCAAUCGCCAAAAUCCUCCGCAAGCCGGAUCUCGCAGGCCGAAUGGUUGCGUGGUCCAUUGAAUUGUCAGAAUUCGGCCUCCGGUUCGAACCACAGGGCUCCGUCAAAGGUCAACACCUGGCCGACUUCGCAGCAGAGCUCUCACCAGCUAUCGAACCGCCCACAUGGACUUUAAGCGUGGACGGUUCCUCAGACAGAAAAGGAGGCGGUGCUGGAGUCGUACUCGAAGGACCGGACGGUCUACUAGUCGAGCAGGCCAUAUCCUUCAACUUUCAACUCAGUAAUAAUCAAGCCGAAUACGAAGCCCUAAUCAGCGGGCUACUCCUGGCAAUCGAAUUGGAGAUCGAACGUCUUCAAUGNCGAAUGGACUCCCAGUUAGUCGUCGGGCACAUAAAUGGCACUUUUCAAGUCAAAGAUAAUCAUCUGUUACGAUAUUAUCAUAAGGUUAGUGAUUUGAUUACCUCUNUCNNCAGCUUCAGCAUUGCACAUGUACCCCGAGCGCAGAANUCCCGGGCGGAUCUGUUGUCCAAACUGACACACAGUAGAGACAAAUCUCAGCUAACCUCGGUGAUCAGAACCGCGUUAGAUAAACCCCUGCUAGAAACAUGCUCCAUUGACCUCACCACCCCCAGGACCGACUGGCGGCACGAAAUUAUACAACUAAUGACCCUACAGGAACAGGGCGGGUUCGUUAGCGCCUCCGACGCUAAACGGAUCGCCCGGUACACAUUUGUAGGCGAUGACCUCUACCGCCGCGGUUAUACUUCCCCCCUGUUGAAGUGCCUAUCUACCGAUGAAGGACAAUACGUUAUCCAAGAACUACAUCAUGGGAUUUGUGGAACACACUCGGGCAAGAAAUUACUCCGAGCAAAAAUAUUACGAGCUGGCUUAUAUUGGCCCACCAUUGACAGAGACUGCGCAGAAUUCGUGAGAAGAUGCAUCUCUUGCCAAGCUCACGGACACGACAGCCGAAUCCCUCCGUCAGAACUUUUGGGAAUCAUUCCCCCAUGGCCCUUUGCUCAGUGGGGGAUGGACAUCGCCGGUCCCCUGCCGGUCGGAAGCGGACAACGCAAAUAUCUCCUAGUAGCGGUCGAUUAUUUUACCAAAUGGAUAGAAGCGGAGGCCCUCGCCACGAUCACCGCCAAGAAAGUGCAAAGCUUCAUCUGGCACUUAAUUUGCAGAUUCGGNAUUCCACAAAAAAUUAUCACAGAUAACGGUCGGCAAUUCAUAGACCGCACGCUAGAAGAUUUCCUCCAAGGGUUUGGCAUCAAACAUGUUACUAGCUCGGUAGAGCAUCCUCAAACAAACGGCCAAGCAGAGGCCGCUAACAAAGUCAUCAUCGCAGAAUUGAAAAAACGACUAGGACAGGCGAAAGGUUUGUGGGUUGAAGAGUUAUCAGAAGUAUUGUGGGCCUACCGCUGUACACCGCACGGAGCUACAGGAGAAACCCCGUUCAAUCUGACGUAUGGAACGGACGCCAUGUUACCGGUCGAAGUCGGAGAACCCUCCUUGCGACGACAUAUGCAGGAUAUGGCUAUCAAUGACCAACAGUUGAGGGUCAACCUAGAUACCCUGCCCGAACGACGUGAAGCAGCCUUAGUAAAAAAUGCAGCCCAGAAAAGACUUAUCACUCGGCGCUACAACUCCAAAGUUAAACCGCGUAACUUUGCCGAGGGAGACCUAGUUUGGCGAAAAAGAGGAGACGCACGGAAAGAAAGAACGCACGGGAAGCUUGCCGACAAAUGGGAAGGACCCUUUCGGAUCUCAGACGAUUUGAAGAAUGGAGCAUACCGCCUGGAACAUCUUGACGGAACGAACGUUCCCAACACUUGGAAUGCGACUCAUCUUAAAUUUUAUUACAGUUGA